ACCAGUGAGAAAAGGCUUGAAGCUCAGCCUUUGGUCCAUCGUUUUGGAAGCUAAUGGCAGCAACAUGAGUGGAGCCCAACAGGACCGAGCAAUGACGGCAGACAGCCUCCCUCUGAACGGGACAGCAGCUUUGGGACUACAUGACCAGGAGAUGAACACAGCUCUGUUUGAGUUCAAAGUGUUUAACAUAGUCAUGAUUGCCCUGGCCUUGUGUAUCCUCACUAUCACCGGCUUGUACUGCAUCACUGUCUGCUACAACCGCAGCAGGCAGUCAAAGAGAGCCCACGUGUAUGAGAGUGCAGUGACCCAAGGCGAGUCGCUGGACCCCGUGGCGGUCAGAGCAGUGAAGAGGUCGACCAGCUUCAUCAACCCCUUCGCCUUCUUCAGGAAACCAGACGCAGCAAAGGACAACUCCAGGAUCUAUUACAUCUACAGCAACCCGCUGCCUGUAGGGGUGAAGGAGGAAGAGGAGGUGGGGUGCGAGGCCCCACAGGGACCAGAGGAGCAAACUGCACUGUCACUGUCAUUUCAAGAGUAUGCCAAUGAUCCAAACAGUGGCGUCAUUCUGGACCCUCCGAUUUUUUACAUGCAGCUUUAGAAAGUGGUGAGGAGUUGUGCUGUGGGGGGUACAAGGGAAAAGCUGUCUGAAUGUCACAUAGUGGACUGGAGAGACCCUGGUAAGAGGUUUGACCUCUGCAGCUGUGUCUAUCAAAAGUUAUGUCACCAUAUACAGGCCACUAAAGGGGGACUCCAUCGAUUGUACCAAUUCAACUUAAUUAUAAUGAGGAGGAGUACUACUCUGUUGUAUAAUGGCCUCUGUAGCUCAGGUCUGAGAAAAAACCCUAAUGAUGUCAUGGUGAUGUCAUAGGGGCUACCUCAGGCUUGGACAAAACAGAAAGUCCACAUUAUAGACUGCGGGAUGAAGUUAGAAAGAUGUGGGCGUUCACCAGAAUAAAUGCUAUCGAACUGCAUUAUGGGAAAUGCAGGAUCUGUUUGAAAGCUUGCCAAGUACUAGGGACUAAAAUGUAGGAUAUUUUGCUCACUGCUACUUCAGUAUUGAUCAUUCUUUGUUUAGAUCUGUCUCUUGUGAGUCCCACAACGCUAAAUCACAGGUGUACACAUUAAAACCGCAAUCUACUUUUUCAUGACAAAUAACUCCAGAGUAAGUUUAAAAGUGCGUGAACUAAAGAUGUGGUUGGGUGCAAGAACAAACAAGGAUGUGCAUUUGAUGCUGAACCAUGCAACUGCAAUGGAUGCCAGUCUUAGCCAACAGAAAGCAUAUCAACAGUUUUCUGUCUUUAAAAUAUAAAUGCAGGACUUUAAGAUACAACUAGUAGAGCUAUGGAAGAUUGGUUUUGUUUUUAUUAGCAAGUGCCAGUUUUGUUUGUAACACAUGCAAGUUCAUGAGCAAAUAGUUUUGUCAAUGGCUUAGUAAAUGUUGUAUAAGAUAGAAAAUGCAUUUAAGUAUUUAUGUAUGGUAUUUACAGGUACAAAAUGUAAGUACAGGAUUAUGCUACUAGUUACAUUGAGGCUAUAUAAUCACGUAUAAAUUUUGGAUGUUUUCUGUAAUGGCAUAUUGGUAUAGUGUUGCAAUACUGUACAUAGUGAUGUUGUACUCAAUCAUCACAAGUCAAUUAUGUACUUGUAUUCACUUUCCACGGGACUACUACAUCUUAAGAAGUUAUUCUGCAUUUGGGUUUGCAAAGUCCUUUCACAAACCUCCACUAGAUAACCUCAAAAAUGCAGGUUUGCCAGGCUGAACAUGAGGUCGUCAUAGUUCAAGAAAAGCAGUAAACUUAGUAAAGUUCUUUCUGGAUUUUUUAUUGAUCUUUAAUAAAACUGCUGAUACAAUGUGCUUUACAAAAGAAGCAGAGUGUGAGAUACAGAGAAAGAUGAAAAAAUUACAAACGAUUAUCACUGCAGAGCAAUUGAUCGUACAGUACUUCUGGGCUAAGGGACUGCACUGCACAAGAGUCAAUCCUCAGACGAUUGGCUGGGUCUCUCUGAUCAGCCACUCCAGUGCAUCCUUCCUGCCUUGCUUCUCCAGCUCUGCUCCAACCACCUCCCGGCACUUCCUGUGGUACUCGUUCACCCAGUCGCGCUGCGGAACGGAAAAGAGAGGCGGUCAAAGAACUGUCGAACCAUGAAGAGAAUGUAUUUAAGUAGCGCAUUAUGUAAUAGGAAGAGUUGGGGCUUUUAUCAAACAUUCAAACGCAUAGUUCAUGAUUUUACUAUAUGUCAUGUUAAGCUAAAUACAUUUGGUGUGUUGUCGCAUUGCCAAUAAAAACCUUUUGAGAUUC